AUGUACGCCCAAGCCGCCCUCGCCGUCCUCGGCCUGGCCUCCACGGCCGCCGCCACCUACCACCCUUCGCAGCUCAACUCCCUGCGCGACCUAAACAACAAGAACGGCCUCGCCGCGCGCCAGGACGAUUCCGACUCCAGCAGCAGCGCCACGGGCGACGACGGCAUCUCAGACGCGUGCACCACCUCCGCCUACAUGGUCCUGGCCUCGAUCCCGACCCCCACGGGCGACCUAUCCGCGUACCUCUCCUCGUUCGUCGCCACGGCCGACCUGUCCGACGUCACGGACGCGGCCUCCGUGCUGUGCGAUGUCACGGCCGGCAUGCCGACCUCGCUGUCGUCCGCCUACAGCUCGUACGACAUGGCCGCCAGCAGCUGGUACAGCUCCAACAGCGCCGACAUCCAGAGCCUCAUCAGCUCGUGCGCCGGCGACAUGGGCGCUGAGCUGACCAUGGCCGUCUCCGCCGUCGAGUCCUACACCUCCAGCGGCUGCUCUGGCUCCGUCGCUGCCAUGACCUCGGGCCUUACCUCCUCAUCUACCGGCUCGUCGAAGACUUCGGGAUCUGGGUCGACUGGUGGUGCUACUGCCACCUCGUCGGGUGCUUCCACCUCUGUCGAGACUGGCGCUGCUUCCCGUCCUACUGGAUUGAUUGCUGGAGCUGUCGCUGCUGCUGGCUUUUUGGGUGCUGCAGUCAUGCUAUAA